AUGGACUGUGAAGCAGAUGGUGACUGGAGAAGAAGAUUGAGGAAGAAGAAAGAAGAAAGGAACCUUCUGUAUGGGCUAAGAGCAGCUUUGGACCUCAUUUUUGAGGAAGGUCUUGACAAUGUAAUUGCAAGGCACGGCCGACUUGCCAAAGCAACAAGACUUGCGGUCGAGGCAUGGGGUUUGAAGAACUGCACCCAAAAGGAGGAAUGGUUCAGUGACACAGUCACUGCUAUAGUGGUUCCACCAUACAUUGACAGCUCUGAAAUUGUUAGAAGGGCAUGGAAGCGAUACAACUUAAGCUUAGGUCUGGGGCUUAACAAAGUAGCUGGAAAGGUUUUCAGAAUAGGGCAUCUUGGAAACCUCAACGAGUUACAACUACUAGGCUGUCUUGCCGGAGUGGAGAUGGUACUCAAGGAUGUUGGUUACCCUGUGAAGCUUGGUAGUGGUGUUGCAGCUGCUUCUGCAUACUUAUCCAACGCCACUCCCUUAAUUCCUUCGAGGAUUUGA